AUGCCGUCAGAGCGACAUGUUUAUUGGGGCCCUUUGGCUGGGGGCAAUGGUGGUGGCGAGUUUACAUUUUUCAAGGAAAACAAGCCCUUUAGGCGGUUAGAUGUAUGGUACGGCAAAGGUUCGGGCCCUGCUGCCCCAUACACCGUUAUCAAGGGGAUUCAGGUUGCAUGGGACGGAGGAGAAGAACAACACACACAAAACAUACCUAAUGCUAAGGCUGCUGAUGAGGCAAACAUACUGCAUACUACAUACGUGUUCGGGAGCAACGAGGUUAUUGAGUGGAUGGAUGUCUUUGGGCACAACCCGGAUGGCCGCACUGAUUCCCUCAGCGCGGCAUACUAUGUGGACUCAAAGGACGAUCGGGAGACGAUAUUGAUCAACUAG